AUGUGUCGCACAUCUCAAGCCCUCUACGUCUGGUGCCAAUGCGAAGAAUCCCACAUCCUCGAAACAUGCCAAACCGGUCGAACAUCACCAAACCGUCACGGCAGCUGCGACUCCGUAGACAGCGAGACAGUCUAUCUGCACUGUUUCUGCCACUACCACUCCACCAACGGAUUCACCACCAUCAAAAAGGACCGGAAAUUACAACGCAAAGCCGAUAAGAAGAAGAAUAAGCGACGGUCUAUGGAUAGUGCGACUAGUGUGGAUUCGUUGAAUAGUACCAGCACUGCAGACAUGGAAGAUCAAAACAACCAUCCUGCUCGUUCACCCGAUGAACCACCCCUCCCAACCAUGACCGCUCACAACCUCGCCGUUAAUUUCCACCGUUUGUCGCUGGCAACAACAACAGCUUCGCCCGGUAGUCCACUACUCGCGUCGUCCCCGACUCCCUCGCCUCGCUCACCAAGCCAAGCAUCGUCUCGAAUACGCAAUGCUUCCUCCUCGGUAACCCCUGCCUCCUUGAGAUCGAAGACACCGUCCACUCUACGAAAAACGCCCAGUAACGCCUCGCUACGCGACGAACGGAGGCUCUCUACACCAUCUCUACAAAAGCGCGCCUCCACUAGUUCACUGCGAUCUGUGAGUCUGAGCAGAGAACAAGGGGUGGCUUCCAGCCUGUCAAGGCGCUCCUCGUCGAAUGUGCUUGGUACCAUGUAUUCAACAAAAUCCCCCAUUCCUGCAGUGGUAGAAGCGCCAACUGCUUCUUCCAUAGCUUCAGAUCAUUUCAAAGCCGAGCUCGCGCUGCACGAGUCAGUCGACCUUCAGUCCAAGACCGCCGUCAUUAUCCAGGAUGCCUGUUACGGUCAUCGUUUCUCAAGACCAUACACCAGCAAGGAAGGUCUUUCAACUAUCGUCGAGAGACCUGAGCGUUUACGUGCCAGUUUGCUGGGAAUGUCAACUGCCUACGUUCGUGUCGGGAAGAGACAUGCCGGUGCAUCGUUUGCGCCUCGCCCAGGACUGAACGUUGAUUUACUCCCACCGCCGCCUUUUCAGAUUCGCAAAUCCAAGAGAGCCAUUUCAUUGAAUUCUCCGGCUGUAACUUAUGUUCAUGGUGACAAAUGGAUGGAAGACUUGCGGGCUAUGUGCAAUGCAGCUGAAUCGCGCUUGGCAUUGAAUGGAAGAGAAAUUGUGCGACCAAGAAGCGCUGGGAAGAAGGACCCGGAAGAAAAGCCUCUUCACGAUGGAGACUUGUAUCUCUGUCCUGAAUCUCUGGAUGCGUUCCAGGGUGCAUUGGGCGGCGUGUGUGAUGCGGUUGAUAUAGUCCUGACUGACAACUCAACCAACCGAGCGUUUGUCUGCGUUCGUCCUCCUGGUCACCAUUGCGCUUCGACCGACCCUUCAGGAUUCUGCUGGCUCAACAAUGUCCAUGUCGGUAUCACCCACGCAGCAAUGGUCCAUGGCUUAACCCAUGCCGCGAUUAUUGAUUUCGAUCUUCACCAUGGUGACGGUUCUCAAGCCAUCGCGUACAAGCAAAACGAGCACGCCUGGUACCUUCAGCAACGCGGAGGCGCAGCUGCCAGAAAUGCAGCCCAGCACAAAAAGACUGCCGUCGGUUAUUACAGCCUACACGACAUCAAUUCGUUUCCUUGUGAGAAUGGAGAGAUGGAGAAGAUCGUUAAUGCUAGUGUUUGUAUUGAUAACGCUCAUGGUCAGUCGAUUUGGAAUGCUCAUCUUGAACCUUGGAAAACGCACGAAGAGUUUUGGAAGUUGUAUAACGACAAAUACCUGGUUCUGCUGGAUAAGGCUAGGAGCUUCUUGCGCUCUCAUACACAACGUCUGGAUAGUAUCGAAGGCGGACCUGCUCCCAAGGCUGCAAUUUUUAUUUCUGCAGGUUUUGAUGCAAGCGAGUACGAAGGUGCUGGAAUGCAGCGACACAAGGUCAAUGUGCCUACCGACUUUUAUGCACGCUUCACGGCCGAUGUUAUUCGCUUGGCAGAAGAAGAAGGUCUCGGUACUGAAGGCCGGGUUAUCAGCGUUCUGGAAGGAGGUUAUAGUAACCGAGCGCUGGCUAGUGGAGUUCUCAGUCAUCUUUCAGCACUCGCAGAUACUCGUACCUUCAGUGACGCAGCUGAUCGUGGACGGCAAAGUGGUCUGGCUUCUGAAAUGAGCGGACGGUUGGGCUUAGGCGGAGAAACAGGACAAGACUCUGCUCGAGGUGAGAAUACCGGACCUGCUUUUGAAACUGAGUGGUGGGCACCCGAAUUGUUGGACGAGUUGGAGCUUUUGGCAUUCCCACCGCCUGUUGCCAAAAAGACGCAAAAGUCUGCACCAACCUAUUUUUCCCCAACUCAUGCAUCCACUGCUAGAGUCACCACUACUUUACGGGAACGAAAGUCUUCGGCCAACUUUGCUGUCGACGACUAUUCACCAGAACCGCUUCCUGAGGUGGGAUGGGCAACUUCUGCACAUGAAUUGUGGAAAUGCGUCAUACCUUCGGACCGGGAGACUCUAAGCUUCCAGUAUGAUGAACUUAAAGCCAGAGCUGUCGAAGCUAAGAAGAAGAAGCAAACAAAUGUCGAACCACCUGCGACACCGUCCGGUAACACCCGCAGACAACUUCGCGCCAGGACGAGCAAACCAACUUCACCAGACACUCCUGUUGCGAAAGCUCAAACGCCUCGUCGAGUCAGUGCUCGCAACAAUCGUCGAACCACCAUUGGAUCUGCAAGUGACCUGCCAGAGCCCCUUACAGGCCCUAAAGCAGCGAAACCCGAGCGUCGAAGACAGAGUGCCAUUGGCGCCGUUUCUGAGGCAGAGAAUACUCCUGGUUCUGGUAGCAGAACUCCGACUCGUGCCAGUUCACGCCUGUCGUCUACCCCGAGCCAGGCACCUGCUGGGCCGGUUGUUAACAAGAAGACGAGAGUUUCUAGCGGGACACCAAAGAGAUCAGCAAGCCCGCGAAAGGUUCCACCAUUGCCUAAAGUGCCUUCACUGUACAUGAAUAACCUCAAUGCUCCGUCGACCAGUAGUAGAGCAUCAUCACAGUCUGGCGAAGAUGCGGCGAAGGUCAAUGGCAAUGCUGAGACGGAGAAUCGCAUAGAUGAUCUCUCAGCCGGCAUGAAGAAGAUGAGUCUCAAGCUCAAAGUUCCGUCUCCCGAGGAGAAUGCACUACGGGAAAAGAAAGCGGCUGAACAACGCAAGAAAGCAGCGACUGCCAAAAAGGCUACAACGUCCAAACCAGCCGCGUCGAAGGCAGCUCGCAAUACCAAGCUGGCUUCGAAAGCGGCCAAUUCUGCUGCAGGUCAGUCACAGCCCGCACGGAACGUGCUCACAAAGCUCGAGAAAGGAAAUGAGUACGAAGUGCCUAUCAAGGCUGAAGUCCCUUCGACUACACCCACUUCUUCUGCACCAGUCGAUACCAACAAAGAAGUGUCGGUGAAACUGGAGCCCGAGGAUAUAUCCCCUUCCAUGGACUCAUAUCAAGGCUUCUGUGCACCGGCAACUGGUUUGACAUCUCAGCAAAUCAAUCUACCAUUAUCUCCGCUCUCGCCUCUUGGGUUGCCGUCAGCACCAGCUCCUGGUAACGCGCCCUCUGUGCAGCCUCAUAUCAUGGUCCAACCACCGGCUUCUGUGAUGUCUGGUCAAGCCAACAAUGGGGGUCUGCCUGUAUUCAGCUCUACGGGACAUAUUCCUUUUGCUAUGCGUUUUCCUCAAGGAGAUCAAAUCCAAUACCCUCAAUCUCAGUUCCAGCAACAGCUGGAGUCUGACCCAAAUUAUCAAUAUCAUCCACAUGAUGGUAGCGUUCAGCAACAUUCCGAAAGUGCUUAAUUCGGCUCCUACUUGGCUAGGUAGCUUCUAUGUCCGUAUUGAAAUCAGCAAGUAUUUUUGGCCUGUCUUAUUAUUUCACAUUUCCUUUUCGUUUUCGUUCUAUCCUCCCAUUCAUGUAUCUUACACGUUUAAUGUUUGAGUUAU